AUGGAUAAUUUCGCUCAAUCAAAUAUUGAGGUUCCAACCAAAGACGACGCAGCCCAACUUAUGCUGGAGCUCAAGUCUGCGCAACAGAAGCACAAAUCAAGCGGGUUAUCACCCAAAAGUAUCUACGGCAUCCUGUGCUCGACCGAGACAUGGGAGUUCUGGAGCUGCGAUAUACAUGGGACUUGUAGGAGAACCGGAACCCUUCCAACUACUAGGAGGGAUGUCGCUAUCUCCCUGAAGAAUCUUCGGUAUCUUUUCGAAAUCACCUAUCACACUUUUUUCGAAGCAUACGUAGUUGCGCUUGAGGCCUUGACAACCCGCAGGAGGUUGCAAGUCACGCCCGAACAACAGGUAAAAUUGCGCAAAUGGCAAUCCUCAUUAGAUUUAGCCACUAUUGCAUUCAACAUGGCAAAAGCUGCAAAAGACAAAGCGGGGUUCGAUGAUGCUGUUGAGCAAUUACGGGAGAGCUUUGACCUAUUGCCUGAGGACCACAAACGACACCAGUCUCAGUUGCCCGUCAUAUCUGAUCUUCCACUGCCGCUUUGUCUUGAGUUCGAUUGUAAAUGCGUAGAUGAAGAAGAAGAUGAUGAUUUUUUCCUUGAAAUUAAUUGCUGGUCCGAGGGCACAAAAGUCAUCGCUAUUGCCAAUCCAAUCAACUUGAUAUCAUUCUGUCUUGGCUGUCUCAGCAAAAACCUGGCAGUCAUUGCUCAACAACAGCUUGUAUCUAUGUUUGAAGAUAACUUGCAUGCAGCUUGCAACCAACAUUCGAAGCUAAGCUUCACCUUCAAUCUGUUGGAAUCCAACCGGACAGGAUACCCGGAUCAUUUCAAAGGCUUGCUUUGCGAGCUUCCCCAAGACCUAUGCAACGAAGUGAUUGCUUUGAAUUGGCAGGAUGGUGGCGUUCAAUUCCAACUGCAAUUCGUCGACAUCUUAAUGAGGAUGAGAGCUGAAGAUUCGCAGAUGCGAGAAGGAGGGAGCAGCAGUUUCGAUGAGAGUCGAGUUUGA